AUGGGGUGUAGCGGGCGGUGCUGGAUAUUAUUUGCCGAGGACAGUGACAAACGCCCGUCAACGUCACUUCCACUCGCACCCUCGGCUUCCUCCACCACCACCACCACCAUCACCACCACCACACCACACCACACCACCACCACUACCACCAGCAUUAUUACUACUACCAGCAACGGCAACGGCAGCAGCAGCAACGGCAGCACUACCACCGCCACUAGCGUUGCCGCUCCGUCGCCCCCAUCAGAAGGCGCCUCUGGUGACUGCGAUGGCACUACUACUACCACCACGGCCGACGCUGCUACUACCACACCAGCACCGCCACCACUACCAUCAACACCGCCGUCACCGCCGUCGCCGCCGCAGCUACAUCACCUACCACCACGGCCGGCGCGCGAUAUAUUGCCUGUUUUCGUUUUUUCUCCGUGUAAUCUUACAAAGCACAUCCUUGCGAGUUUCAGUCCUUUGCCUGCGACUGUGCAACAGAUAUACGUACGAUUGCUCGCUCGGCCGACAACGACUGACCCGCUCGCUCGGCUUGUUGUUGUUGCAGGGGAGGACGGCGUCGAAGGUUCCGCGCCCGGUACGGACCUCCAAGGUGAGGAGGGCGAUUGCGUCGACGAGGAUGGGCCCAUUAGCCCUAGCGAGAGGGGUUGCGCGGCCGCUGCGAAGGAGGACGAGGAUGCCGAGGGAACGGACGAAGAGGACGACGAGGAGGCACCGCCACCUACGCCGCCGCCUUCCGCCACUUCGAGAUUGAACCCGACUAUUCUGAGAGACACGGGACCACCGGACAGGGAGCCAAUGAGUCCGCGCUGUCCUUCGAGAGAUUCUCGGGAAUCGUCCGGUCCGGCGACCGGAAGCCCCCCACCGCCCGCAACGAGGAGCAGCGCGAGUCCAGUCAGUCCGAGUAGUACCGUGCCUCUACCCCUUGGAACUCACACCCUACUACCAUCCCACCCCGCAGCGGUCAUGGCGGCGUACCUGCAGCAGACCCAUCAGCGCUUCCUCCUCGGCCACUCGCCCUUGUCGCGCGGCUCGGUGUCGCCUCUGAUCUCCUCCUCGUGUUCGCCGCCGGCCGCGACACCCGGCCUCUUGGUGUCGCCCAGCAGCGUCGGCGAGAUCUCGCCGUCGGCGACGCCUUUGCCGGCGGUGCUGGACUUUAGCACGAGAAAAGCGUCUUCCAUCGAGGAGGACGAGGAGGAGCAGCAGAUCUUGAACCUGAGCAAACCGCCCACGCCGUCCUCGUCCACGGAGACGAACAACGGCCCGUUGGAUCUGUCGCUGGCCAACAGGAAGCGACCUGGGCCGGAGGACUCGCCGCCGCCGCCGCCGCGCAAGUCGUCGAGACUGGCGUCCACGAGCGCCGCGAGCGUCGCGAGCCACCAGGAGACGGUGUCGGGGGUCACGUCGUCCAACUACGGCAGACCCGUCGUGUCGCCGUGGACGUCGCCGGUAGUAGCCUCGCAUUUCCCGUACUUCGCCGCGGCGGUAGCGGCAGCGGCUACUAGUCAGCAGCAACUUUCGCCCAAGAGCACCGGCGGCGUGGUCGAUCAUCAUCAGCUGUGGAACGGCAAGAUGAAGCCGCCGGCGGCACUGGACAAGCCGUAUCCACCGAGCGAGGCGACCAAGGCGCUCGAGGAGUUGAACAAGAUCAGCAAACUCGGCGGCGAGGAUCUCUUCAGGUCGUCGUCGUCGUCGUUCGGCGGCGGCGGCGGCAAUACCGGAGCCAGCACGACGUCCAGCAGCCGUCACAGCGCUUGGCAGUCCCACUGGCUGAACAAGGGGGCUGACCAGGCGAAGGAUGUUCUCAAGUGCGUAUGGUGCAAGCAGAGCUUCCCGUCUCUGGCCGCCAUGACGGCGCACAUGAAGGAAGCGAAGCACUGCGGCGUCAACAUGCCGGUACCUCCACCCGCUCCGGGUCUUCACCCGCAGCAGACGAGCAUGCCGAGCAUACCGCCGCCUCAGCAGCCGCAUCAGCCGCCGACCUCGGGCAACAACGGUGGCGGCGGCGGCGGCGGCGGCGGUGGUGGCUCGGGCGCGCCUGGCAGCAAGCAGAAUCCAUCCGACCUGAACCUCCUGAUCAAGGAGACGAUGCCGUUGCCGCGCAAGCUCGUGCGAGGUCAAGACGUCUGGUUGGGCAAGGGCGCCGAGCAGACGCGGCAGAUACUCAAGUGCAUGUGGUGCGGCCAGAGCUUCCGCUCGCUCGCCGAGAUGACCUCGCACAUGCAGCAGACGCAGCACUACACCAACAUCAUCUCGCAGGAGCAGAUCAUAUCGUGGAAGUCGUCGGACGAGAGCAAAGGCGGCGGCAGCACCGGCGGCUCCGCGGCCGCCGCCGCCGGCGGCGUCACCGGCGGCGGCAGCAACGCCGGGGUGCAACCUGGAGGCGGUGGUUCCGGUCCCCACGGCGGAAACGGUCCUGGCGGGCCCGGCGGAGGCGGCGGCGGCGGCGGCGGCGGCGGCGGCGCCACCAGCAGCCACGUGAGCGCCGUGCUGACGUGCAAGGUGUGCGACCAGGCGUUCAGCUCGCUCAAGGAACUCAGCAACCACAUGGUGAAGAACUCGCACUACAAGGAGCACAUCAUGCGCUCGAUCACCGAGAGCGGCGGCCGCCGGCGACAGACGCGCGAGAAGCGGAAAAAGUCACUGCCCGUGAGGAAGCUGCUGGAGCUGGAGCGCGCCCAGAACGAGUUCAAGAACGGCGACGCGGCGACCGGGCUGAGCCACAGCCUCGGCAAGCACGCCGGCAGGAUCACCUGCGAGAAAUGCGGCGAGAAGAUCGAGACGCCGCUCUUCGUCGAGCACAUCCGCCAGUGCAUCGGCGCCGGCACGGUCGGCGUGAAUCAGCGGAACUUCCUGAAGAACGCGCUCAUGUCCAAUCACUUGCCGGCGACGUUACCGCCGAGCGAGAGCGGCCGCAAGAGCGUCAACGAGGACACCUCCUCGAUAUCCUCCAGGCACCACCGCUCGCCGUCUUCGGCGAGCGACGCGACCACGCCGGGCAAGGACACCCCGAGCACGCCCAACACCAACGAGACCACCGCGCCGCCGAUCGGCACCUCGCCUUCCGUUCUCAACGCCAUCGAGAAGCUCAUUGAGAAGAGCUUCGACUCUCGCGUGAGACACGGCACGCCCGGCCUGCACCACGCUCAACCCGGCGCGCCCAUGGGCACCAGCAUCCUCAAGCGGCUGGGUAUCGACGAGAGCGUGGACUAUACGAAACCGUUGGUGGAUCCUCAAACGAUGAACCUGCUGCGAUCCUACCAGCAGCAACAGCAGCAGCAUCAACAGCAGCAGCACUACAACGCGAACGCCGCGGCGAGGCGGGAACGCAGCGGCAGCGAGUCCAGUUCGAUAUCGGAGCGGGGAAGCGGCAGGACGGACACCAUGACGCCGGAGAGGCGCAUGGACCUGUCCGCCGUGAGCCACGACAGACACUCGAGUUCCCUGUCGUCGCAUCAUCACCGCGUCACACCCGACAAGCAGGCCGCCCCAUUACCUAGUCGCCAUCAUCGGGCCGCGGAGGAAUCCGGGGACGAAGAGUCGUCCACCGUGGUGGUGAAGAAGGAACCACGGGACGAGGAGACCGAGGAGAGAGGCGCGAAUGAGGACGAGCAACAGCAGCAGCAGCAGCAGCAGCAGCAGUCACAGUCGAGAGAGGUGUUCGUGAAGAAGGAGAUAGUGGACGACUGCAGGGACGAGGAGGAUCAGAGUUCCUACAAUCACCGACGGAGCAGCAGCCUCCACGAGACAGCCGAGGACGGCCGGGAGGUUCUCUCACCGCGUAUGAAUCCACCGACACCGCGAUCGACCAGCCAAGUGGAGCAGGUGGCGCGUAGUCCUUGCAGGAACAGCACCAGCAGUCCUACGAGCAGCGACCGCUCGGUCACGCCGCGGGGUACGCCCGACACCAAAGCGUCCAGCAGCCUCGGAGCGCUCUCGUCCAUGUUCGACAGCCUGUCGGGCGUUGGUGGUGGCGGCGGCAGUGGCGGCAGCGGGAGCAACGUGGACUCGCAAGGACGCAAGACCAGCAGCCAUCCUCUCGCGGCGUUGCAGAAACUGUGCGACAAGACGGAGACGCGCGGCCCCAGCGCGAGUGGUUCCGCGAGAUCCUCCGGUGGUUCCGCGACCACCAUCGGCCCGAGCAGCGGUGGCACAGUGGGUGUGAGCGGUCCUGGGCCCGGGCCUACGCCCGGCGCCAUCUUGGCCUUCAGCUGGGCCUGCAACGACGCCGUCGUCACGGCCGACUCCAUCAUGAAGUGCGCCUUCUGCGACACGCCCUUCAUCUCGAAGGGCGCGUACAGGCAUCACUUGUCCAAGAUGCACUUCGUCAAGGACGGCGUGAUCCCGGACCCCUUGACCAUCGGCAGAUCGGCGCAGGCAGCGGCCGCGGCGGCCGCCGCCGCCGCGGUCUCCCAGGGCCCGUCCGGCGGCCCGAGCCGCAACUCCUCGUCGCCGCCGACGUCGCAGCGCAACAAAUCGCCGCCGUUGCCGCAGGCGAACGGCAGCCCGUCGCAGUCAGCGGCCUCUUCCCUCGAGGAGAGCCCGCACUCCAAAUUUCUCAAGUAUACGGAGCUGGCGAAGCAAUUGUCCAGCAAGUACGUAUAGUCCGAGCCCCGUAAGUAGCGGUGCCACUUGUACAUAAGUGUAUCUAUACUGUAACGACUGUAACUAGCGAUGUGGUUGGAAAUUUUCACCCCUUCCCCGCGAACACCGCCGCGCCGGACGACGUCGUCGCGCAUCCGACGUCUUCUCGGGUUUAUGCUUAAAGAGGCUGUGUCGUGGCUGUACCGGUGCCGGGACGGAGAUCCUACGGAUGGAGAGAGAGAGAGAGAGAGAGAGAGAGAGAGAGAGAGAGGAGAGAGAGAGAGACGUGUGUGUGAGAAGGGAAAAGAAAAAAGAACGAACACAUGCGCGCGCGCACUUUGGCGCCGAGUCGCGAACGAGAGCGGGGGGAGAGUUCGUCCAAGUCUGCAAAUGUAUAACCGACAGUUUUCUCCGAUUAUCCUUUUCAACACUGUCACU